ACACUGCUAUACCAAAACUUCCAAACAACUCUUGCUAUAAGAAAACUCCCAUCUUGAACUGUCCAACUAUCCCAAGUUCAAAUAUCUGAAUGGUGACAAUCAAUUCAAGUAGCCAAUGCUCAGCACAAACAUAUGUAUAGCAAUGCCAACAUAUAUAUCAUAGCUAUAUAGCGAUGCUGAGCAUAAACAUAUAUGUUAUGGAUUUUAAAUAAUAUAGGAGUAUGUAUCUUGGGUACUGUUUUCUCAUUCUGCGCUAGGAUACCAUAGUUCUGUGAAUGCGCAUCCAUAUAUUGCCUUGUCAACACAUGAAAAAGCUGAACUUUUUCCACAAAGGCAGUACUGAAGGGCAACCUUCUUCAGAACUGAUCCUUAGAUACGGCUCAGUGUGCCAAAACAUUUGAAAUUUUCCUUUUUAAAAAAUAUAAAAAUCAAACAAACCUGUAUUUCUAGUGCUGCAGCGAUGUAAACAGUUUUAUUUAUCAUAAGCAGCAGUUGAAGUAAAUCUGUUUGCUGCACACGGACUGGAAAAUGAGGGUGUCCCUGAACUUAAAUUAUUCACUUAAUCAUUGGCAUACUCGAUCGAACCAGCCACUGUUUGUGUUUGCUAGCCGCUGUCACCGCCUGCGUGAGCUAGCUAGAGCUCAAGCCUCGAUGGGCCAAGACCAGAGCCAGCUCGCCGAGGCGGCGGAGGAGCCUUCUCCGCUGCCCGCUGAGCCGGCGCCGUUGCAGGCUCCUUCCCCAGCGCCCUCCUCCCUCGAGGAGCUCGCCGCAGGCUAUGUCGUUUAGUGAGGAUAACAAUGACUCAAUUGACGUGAAGGUACAGAAAGCUCUGGAAUGUCCAUGCGUUGCUGAUUUGAAAAGUGGACCUUGUGACAGUGGAUUUAUCGAUGCAUUUUCGUGGAUUUAUCGAUGCAUUUUCGUGCUUCCUGAGGAGUACAGAAGAAGAGAAGGUUGUAUUUUUUCUUCAAAUUACUAAGUUGCUUUCAUUGAAAUUUAUCUUGCUGCAAGUUAUUUCUUUCCAUACAAAGUUUCGCGUUGGUGGUCAUUAGUUCACCUCUUUUCUAGCCUUCCUUGUCUCAGCACUGACAAGUGCGACAUACGAAUGCUACUGAAUCAUCUGCUGCCCUGAUAAACAAAAGCAUCAAAGUUAAUUAAUUUGACAUACAACUUCAGUAUACUAUGUUCUACAUCGUCUUACUAGACGAUGGUUGCGCGCGUUGCCAUGCCCGUCCAUAUAUGAUGGAAGUAUAUACAUGAUUUGAGAACAUUUGGCUGGUUUUUGUUGACCCUUAGCUGAUUUUAUAGAUCUAAUUAUUCGAAACUCGGUGGAAAGGUGAUAGUAUCUUAAAAUAUGCUUCGUGAUUAAUAAGAUAUUGCAUUUUUUUGAAAUGUAAUAAGAUAUUGCAUUCGGCAAUGUAGGACAAAAUAUUUGUGUGCUCCUAGUAGUCUAAACUUGUAGAAACAUCUUCACAGUAAUACCAAAAUAUAAGGAUUAAUGCUUGCAUAAAGUGUAGAUUGGUUAAGUGUAAAUAACAUAACAGUAGGCUUCUCCAAGAUCUAAUAUAUCGAUCACAGACCAUCUAGUUUCAGCAAACACCACUGACACAAUCACGUCCAGUCUAAAUUCAAGCAGAUUUGCAUACAAAAGGCAACAAAGGAAGGAAAAAAAUCAUACAACAACUUAGUACAUAUGCAGGCAUGGGUUUCCGAAAUCAUGAUCUAUAAAACGCACAUUACACCUAGCAUGUAUCCAAUACAUCCAUCAAACAACUGUGGGCCAGCUAUGCUAGCGCAAAUCCCUGCUGGGAAUUUACGAAAACAUGAUAUCUGCCAAUCUGCCAUGAGUAACAGGAAGGAUCAGAACUUGCAACCCAAGAGUUGUGCGAUAAAUUUCUUCAAACUGUCAUAUGUCAUAGUUCCUAAACUGAAUCCAACAUCUUUUUCUAGAAACUUUUCUACUGUUCUGUAGUGUUGUAAGUUACAAACUUCUAACAUGAAGCGGUACAUCAAAGGCUGCACUAUAACAGGCUGAUGCUUUGUUGGUUCAUGCCUGCAAUACUUACCUUGGAACUGUAAGAAAGUGAAGAGAUUAGUGCAAAAUACUAUGGAAAGUAGAAUGGUUAUAACGAAAUAUUGAAGCGUGUUUAUUCGUGCCUGUCAGCCAGAACCAGUGCAGAUCCCUCAAGUUCUGUGGUACUGGAUACUUUUAAACUGCUGCCGUGAACCCAACACCCAAAACUUCUUUUCCAGUUGAGUAAUACAUACUCGUCAGUCAACAUACCUACAUACCAGUCAAUUCGGUACUCCUAAAAGGAACUGAUAAAAAUAUUGCUUGUUCUAUCCCAUCUUUAUGAAAGAGUGGGAUACAAACCAGUAUCAUAUGCGACUGAAAGAUAUAAUAUAUUCCAUUGUCGUUGUUUUAGGUUAUUUGCUUGCUCAAUAUUGGCACUAACUAGUACUAUUCAUCGGUAUUCAAGAGCAAGAACAGAGCCUCACUACAAAAGAAAUUGCAGAGGGCAAGAUCCACCAGUAUUAGACUGAGUGAAGUGUCUAGUCGAGAAAAAUACUGUUCGCCUCGAGCGCUCCCGUGGGCGCUCGGGUGAACCCUAAAACCUCGCCGCGCCUAGGCCUCGCCCCCUCCUCCCCCCGCCGCCGCUGGCUGAAGCCGCCGGGCAAAGCCUGGCCCGUGCUGGUGGCGGCGGACCUCCCUCUCCUCGCUCCUCUGGUCAUAAGCGCGGGCGGCGUGACCGGAGGCGCUGUCCCCGCGCGGAUCUCGGCGCGUUCGGGGUGGGCUGGCCGGCAGCCUGCGGCCGGCGAGGUCCGUGCUUCUCGAGGCGGCUUGGAGAGCGCUGCGGAUGCCGUCUCCGUGGGAGGCGGAGGCUGGCGGCUCGGGUGCUUCUCCGACGCGAUCUGAUCCGGCGGCGGCUGGCCCUCCCGACGACGGUGACUCGGGACGAUGGCGCAGACGUCUUGGCGCAGAAAGCAGGUUUGGUGGGCGCGUGGGGUGCGGUUGGAUGGCCGCGCCGGCCGAAUCUGGGCCAGGGGCCGAUCUGGGUCUGGCAGCCCUGACCCGCCCCGCCCUUCCCCGGCGGUUGACAUGCCACCCCAGGGGGGUCUGCUGGCACGCUGGGCCGUCGGCACGGAGGGUCGUGUCUGGCGAAGGGCUAUCCGCCUGCUGUCUUUUGGCCUCGGCCUUCUUCGGGUGUGUCCCAAGUUUUGUCAAGGUGGUGCCUUUCGCUGUGCGGGUGCAAGAUCGAGGAUGCCGGGGCGGCGGCCCUGGAUGGUGGGAACCUUGUGGGUUGGCGGGCGAGCCCGAGGUUCUGGUGCUGGCUGGGGCCAUGGACAUGGGGUUGUCAUGGUUCUUAGCGAGUUGCGUUAUGUGGGGGCGUGGUGGCUGUCACCUCGGUGGUGGCCCUCGCCAUGUCUGGGUGGUGGAGAGGUGAUGUCGAGAGGAAACUCUCGCCCUGGUUCUUCCAGGGCCACGACGACGGCAUCCACGGACGUCGUCUCCUUCUUGAAGGCAUCGUUGUGGCUUCUCCCUGCCCCCUUUCUUGCUCCGGGUGAAAACCCAAGAUCCCCGGAUCGGGCGGUGGCGGCACUCCGGUGUCGUGCUCUUCUUGAAGAGACCGUCUUGGAGCCCACAUCACAAGGCUCUCCGAUGGUCGAGACGGAGGUGACUCUUCGGCGAUCUUCGGCAAGGCUUGCUCCGUGCCCUUCCCUUGUCGAGCUUCUUUGGUGCUGCUUCUCGGUCUGUGAGCAACGUGGGUUGGUCCCUGGUGGUGGUCGGCUUCCGGUGGCGUUUCUGCGACAGAGGGGUGCUAUCGACGGCACGCGUGAAAAAUGGCUCGCUCUCGAGUGAGCUCCGGCCCGACACUGCGUUUUGGCUAAGUCCAUUGGUUGCGCUUCCGGUUGUAGCUUCUUUGGUUGUUCGUGUGGGUGUGUGGUCUCGAUAUGUAAGCUGGGUUUAGCACUUUGUAUCGUUUUCGCCGUUGGUGGCUUUAUUAAUUCAAAGUUGGGCACUUGUGCCUUUUAUCUAAAAAAAGAUCCAACCCUCACUUGCCCAAGUGAACAUCUGAUCGGAGUAAUAAACACCCAAUUUGAAUCAGUGUCCAGAUGAAUUUUAAUGAAUAGUGAUAGAAUAUAAGCACAUAAUACAAUCUGGGUGCUAAAAGAUAACUGUUAAGGAACAUAUGGCCUU